UAGAGAUGUGAACACUUUCCAACUUUGGCCUUUACGAUUUUGAUAUAUGGCCUCUGUCUCUACGCAUUACUACUUUUCCCUCUCAUUCAUUACAGUUCACGCCUCCUUUAUCUCUUUAAUAAAUCCAAACCAAGAAAGAAAAAAAUAAAUAUUAAAAAAAAAAACAAAUUCAAAACUGAAACUGCCGAGAUCAAUGUCUACCGCCGCCGUUGACUCACCGCCGGCGAAACGAAGAAAAACAGUCACCGGUAAUGAAGACUCUGCUCUAAUCGAAGGACUUCCCGAUCACAUAACGGAGAUCUGUCUUUCUCUCGUCCGCCGUCCGUCGCUACUCUCCGCCGUUUGUACACGGUGGCGCCGUCUUCUUUACUCGCCGGAAUUCCCUUCGUUUCUAUCUCUCUACGCGCUUUUCGUCGAUUCAACGUCGGAUCCGGGUCGGGCUAACCCGUCUGUUCGGUUUAUGUGUUUCAACCCGGUUUCUUCGAAAUGGGAUCCGCUUCCUCCUCCUCCACCUGACCCGCCUCUUCACCGGAUUCUUUACCGUCAUCCGUCGUUUAUCUCCUUUAAUCUACCGAUUCAAUGCGUCUCCGCCGCCGGAAAACUCAUUCUCAUCGCUGGAAGUAACCAACAGCUCUCUCCGGCGAUCUCUCACCCGUUGAUUUUCGAUCCAAUUUCCUCAACUUGGAGCUCCGGUCCUCAAAUCGGGUCUCCGAGAAGGUGGUGCGCCACCGGAGCUUGCGACGGAGCUAUUUACAUCGCUAGCGGAAUAAGCUCUCAGUUUUCAUCAACCGUCGCGAAAUCUACCGAGAGAUUAGAUCUAACCGAAAAUAACCGUACUAACCAACGGUUUAAUUGGGAGAAAUUGAGAGAUAUGAGAGAUUUACGGUUUAGUCGAGAAGCUAUAGAUGCCGUUGGAUAUAGAAGUAAGCUUUUAAUGGUGAACGUAAAAGGAGACGCGGUUAAAGAAGGAGCUAUAUACGACGUCGUAAAAGAUGAUUGGGAAGCUAUGCCGGAGGAGAUGUUGGUCGGAUGGAGAGGUCCGGUGGCAGCGAUGGAGGAGGAGAUACUUUAUUCAGUGGAUGAGAAGAGAGGGACAGUGAGAAAAUACGACGAAGAGACGAGGGAGUGGAGAGAAGUGGUUGUAGUUGAAGGCGGUGAGGAGAUGCUUAAAGGAGCUACGCAAGUUACGGCGGUUUCCGGGAAGCUCUGUGUCGUUACGGUUGAUGGGAAGGUAGUUGUGGUGGAUGUUGUGGCGGAGCCGGCGAAGAUUUGGAAUGUUGAGAUUCCGCAUGGGCUUGAACCGGUUUCGGUUCAUGUUUUACCAAGAAUGAGUAAACCGGAUUUUUGCUGACGUAUUGUCUUUUUUAGUUUUGUUUGGGUGAUAUUAUUAUUAUUAUUCUUUUCUUUUUGUAUACGGAAACUUUUUAGUUUUUUGUUUUGGUUUCCCGUUUUUUCUGGUGGAAAAGUGUCAUCUUGUCGUUAUUUUUUUAAUACCUGCAAAUGAACGGCACGUAAGAUUUUUUUA